GAAGACCGGCCGGCGGCAGCAUGAAGAUCUACUUCUGCGGCAGCAUCCGUGGCGGCAGGAGCGACGUGCUGGUGUACCAGACCAUAGUCCGGAAGCUCAACACCUUCGGAACCGUGCUGACCGAACACGUGGCCGGCGGCGAGCUGACAGAGAGAGGAGAAGAUGUUUCAGUGGAGGGAGACAAGUGGAUCCACAACCGGGACCUGGACUGGCUGACGCAGUGUGAUGUGGUGGUGGCUGAGGUCACGCAGCCGUCUCUGGGGGUGGGCUACGAACUCGGCUGGGCCUGUUCCAUGAAGAAGAAAAUCCUCUGCCUGUUCCGCCCGUCGUCAGGACGCACGCUGUCCGCCAUGAUCCGAGGAGCUGCUGAGCCAGAGCUGGUGCAGGUCCAGGAUUACAGAGAAGAGGAGGUCGAGCAGGUUCUGGACAGCUUCUUCAGUACGCUCAAAGUAGCCUGAAGCGCCUCGUAAUAAAAGCAAAAGAGUCACUUGU